CCCCACCGUGAACACUUGCGAACCACUCCACCACCCAGACGGGCGGCAGGGGAGGGGGCCGGGGACAGCAACCACGCACUCGCGCGCGCGCAGGCGAAUACCGCACCGUCGCGAGCGCGCCACCGCGGAGGGUCACCCGGCAGCAUGGGCGUCCUGCGGAGCACGCAGAGCCUGCAGGCCGAGGUGGAUGAGCUGCGCGCCUCGCUCCUGGUCGACGGCGGCCGCGGGGCCGCGGUCGGGUGGCGCCGCUCGGCGGGCCACGCGGACGCCAAGCGCGCGCCGGGGGGCGAGGCCGGCGGGGCCGCGGCGCGCACCGUGUGCGUCACGGGCGGCAUCUCCUUCGUCGGGUUCGCCGUCGUCGAUCGCCUCCUUCGGCAAGGCUACACCGUCCGCCUCGCGCUCGAGACGCAAGAGGACAUGGACAAGCUGCGAGAGAUGGAGAUGUUCGGCGAGGACGGCAGGGACGGGGUGUGGACGGUGAUGGCCAACGUCAUGGACCCCGAGAGCCUGCACCGCGCGUUCGACGGCUGCGCCGGCGUGUUCCACACCUCCGCCUUCGUGGAUCCCGGGGGCAUGUCCGGAUACACGAAACAUAUGGCGAGCUUAGAAGCCCAAGCAGCUGAGCGGGUGAUUGAAGCGUGCGUGAGGACAGAGUCCGUCAGGAAGUGCGUCUUCACCUCAUCCUUGCUAGCAUGUGUGUGGAGGCAGAACUACCCUCACGAUCGACGGUUCCCAACCAUCAUUGACGAGAACUGCUGGAGCGAUGAGAGCUUCUGCCGCGACAAUAAGCUGUGGUUUGCACUCGGCAAGACGGCAGCAGAGAAGGCAGCCUGGAGGGCAGCCCGGGGACGAGACCUGAAGCUGGUCACCAUCUGCCCCGCGCUCGUCACCGGACCGGGAUUCCGCCGCCGCAACUCCACCGCGUCCAUCGCUUAUCUCAAAGGCGCUCCUGCCAUGCUUUCCGACGGCCUCCUCGCCACGGCGACCGUGGAGACGGUGGCCGAGGCGCACGUCCGUGCGUACGAGGCGAUGGGCGACAACACCGCAGGCGGGAGGUACCUCUGCUACGACCACGUGAUCCAGCAGCCCGAGGAGUUCGCCGAGCUGGAGCGCCAGUUGGGGCUGCCCUGCAGGGCGGCGGCGGCCGCGCAGGGCUCCGACGACCGGCCAGCGAGGUUCGAGCUCUGCAAACGGAAGCUGGCCAGGCUCAUGUCCUCUAGGAGGAGGUGCACGUACGACACUUACUACCCCGUCGCGUUUGACUAGCUAGCUCAGGUGUAAGGUGAAGAUCAGAAAGGCUCUGCAGCGCUAACCGUUGUCUGCACCAGUCUGCACUACGUGGUCCUUGUGGAUGGGAAUAAGCAGAGAGCCUGGAGAAUUUGUGCAAUGAUGUACCGAGUGCAAUCUUGUACAGAGUUUUGAUGCAACAAUAAAGGUGAGUUUUGAUGCAACUCAA